GAAUAACCAGACUUGAGAUGCGUCACGGGCAGCCCAAGACCGGCACCCUGGCAAUGGCCUGGGACAAUAGCGGGCGACCAAUCAUAAAAUAUCGUCAUGCUCCAACUUAAGAGCCAGGCCGAUAGGCGUGCGCACUAUACCUUCCCACCGCAACAUGUCUCAGCACAUCACACACCCCCCUAGCCAACCUCCUGGGCGCCCUCCGAUCGGUGCCCAUUUCACAUUCAGCGAAGGGCAAUUCGCUGGUCGGACGAUUUGUGUGGAAUUGCAUGAGCUACAGAAGGCAGAUGUCGGAAGAAAAUAUAUAUUCAAGGACCGCCGCCCACUUGAUCCGCCGCCUGUGGCUCAAAUGAAGCUGUUCGAGACCGUGAAUCCCAUGUACGUUCCUGGCACGGAGUUUGCCAACUAUAAGGACGUCAAAAUCAUCGGUCUUCUAUGUCACGUCGAUUUAUUCGCAGUGCAUUCAACUGCUCAAACGGAUGCAGGACCCAGCAUUCCCCUUCGUCAAAAUGCGAGUAGAGUAUCGUCAAUCUCACCACCACCUUUGGACGUGGAGGACCACGCUUCGCCUUUAAUUUUGGCCGCCACUUCAAAUGCCACUCAAUCUGAGGUGCUGACACACGUCGACGGUCAUCCAAUCACAGAGCAGUCAAACUGCACCACUGCAUUGGCCGGAUCGACCGUCAUCGAGGCCACAAGCCUGGAAUGGAAAGGCAGAGAUACGCUGAUGUAUAUCUUCUCGGUUUGUUCUUCCUCGGCUUGCGUCUCCAUUGUUGCGACUGGAGAUCGCGCACGUGCCCGAGACUUAUCCGUUCGGCAAGAGGGCACCUUUAUUCUGCGCUAUCGUGUGUUCGACGUCAUGUCGAGGGCAAGAGGUCACGUAACCGUUCCCGUCCUGGCAGAAUGCUACGGUGGCUCCUUCAAGGUCUUUCCGCCCAAGUUGUUCCCCGGUCUCCAGCCUUCUACAGAACUUACCACGCAUUUGGCGCGCUAUGGAGUCCGAUUAAACGUGCGCGAAACUGAACGUCGCAAGCCGAAGAGCAGUGGGUACCAUACGCAAAGAAACGUCCGCAUCGCCCCUGCAAGCUCGCCUGGGCACUCUCAGAAUGAACCCGGAUCCUCGGUUUCGCAUGAUAUCGCACCGGACACAGGCCCAAAACCUAGAUGAGGCAGAUGUACUCAUGGCUGGCGGAGCAAUCACCAAAAUUCCGACGAGAAAAUUCGUGAUAUU